CGGAACCCUAGCCUAAUCGGUUAAAACAAAAGAUUGAGAAUGAAUGGUUAAAAACUUAAAAGAUGUCCAAACAACCCCUUUGAAACUUUACCUUUGACACUCCCACGCGAAAAUCAUCUUUCAAACAGAGUUUUGUGUUUUGUAGGUCUGCAAUGGGUUGGUUUGUCAAGUUAUGUUUUAGUAAUAGGCCAACACAUUAUUCAACGCUACGUGCUGUGUUAGCAGUUUUUGGAAUUUGUAGACGUUUUCAUCUUCACACAGACCGGACUUCAAAAAUUCCCGACUCGUUUGCUGAAGUUCAUGGUGUUGGGCGAAACGUUGUGGCUGUGUUUUGGGACUUAGAUAACAAACCUCCAAAAUCAGUUUCUCCAUUUGAUGCUGCUAUUCGGCUGAGAAAGGCGGCUGAAUCGUUUGGAACUGUACGGUUCAAGAUAGCUUAUGCUAACCAACAUUCAUUCGAUUAUGUCCCUCCAGAGAUUAAAAUACAUAGGAGAGAUAGGAAGGUGUUAAAUCAGCUGGAGAAUAAGGGUGUUGUUAAACCGGUUGAUCCAUAUAUAUGUCGUGUUUGUGGGAGGAAGUUUUAUAAUAACGAGAAACUAAUCAACCAUUUUAAGCAAAUUCACGAGCGUGAACACAUUAAACGAGUGAGUCAGAUUGAAUCAGCUAAAGGUAGUCAAAGGGUGAAGUUAGUGGGAAAAUACUCCAUGAAAAUGGAAAAAUAUAGUAAUGCUGCAAGAGAUAUUUUGACGCCAAAGAUUGGGUAUGGAUUGGGGGAUGAGCUUAAACGGGCAGGAUAUUGGGUUAGUACGGUUUCAAAUAAACCACAGGCGGCAGAUAUUGCUUUGAGAAACCACAUAGUGGAUAUGAUGGAUAGGCGCCAGAUGGAUUGUUUGAUACUUGUUUCAGAUGAUUCUGAUUUUUUGAAAGUUUUGGAAGAGGCAAAACUGAGAUGCUUGAAAACAGUGGUUGUGGGUGAUUGCAAUGAUGGGGCACUUAAGAGGGUUUCCGAUGCUGCUUUUUCAUGGCAGGAGAUUAUUAUGGGGAAGGCUAAAAAGGAAGCAGUAUCAGUUGUGGGGCGAUGGAAGGAUCGUGAUAUUCUGAAAAGGUUAGAGUGGACGUAUAAUUAUGAACGGGAGAAGAAGUUAUAUGGUUCUUUUUCUGAGGAUGAUCAUCAGGACGAUGAUUUGGAUGCGACUAAUUUGGUAUCCGAGGAAGAUGAUGAAUUUAAAAAGGAUGAAAGUCGUGCUUGGUGGAAACUUGAGUCAGAUUCGGAUGUUGCAUCUCACUAAUUAUUGGCACGAUCCUCAAAACUAGUCAUGGCAACUUGAAGCUGGAAAGGUUUGAUGUGUAAAGCUAGUUAUUCCACAACCAAUGAUCAUUCUUUCACAAAAUAAGUAUAGGAAACAAAGCACAAGAAACUGAAUGGACUCUGCAUGUUCUCAAUAAAGUUAGUACCGGACUACCGGCUGAUAUGUAAUAGAAACUUCUGAUUUACCAGAUCAGAAAUCCGUUUUAUCAGCACUAGCAGUUGGUUAACUAUGAAAAUCAAUCAGGGACUACUUUUACUGUUGUCAACGACUGUGGCUUCACUGUUUGGCCUGUUAUCUCAGGUGGCCUUUAUUAUCUCAAUAUCACCGGAUUCGAGCUUAAAAAGGGUACAACCCACUCCUUUCAAGUUUCCACAAACUGGGAGGGUAGCAUCUGGGGUAGAACAGGUUUUACCUUCAAUGGAUCUGGUAGUGGCUCCUGUGCCACUGGUGAUUGUGGUUCCAGUAAAAUGGAGUGCAAUGGAACAACAUUCCCUACACAACUGGUUAGUGUUGCAUAUUUCAAUAUGGGAAGCUACCAUGCGUCUUAUAAUGUUAGCAUCAUCAUCAGGUACAACUUACCGAUGACCAUAGAGCCGACUGGCGAUUGCUUGAAGACAGGUUGUGCUAAUGAUCUGAAUGAACGUUGCCCACAGGAGCUGAUGUUUAAGGGUGGAGAAGGGUGUCAGAGUGCUUGCCAGGUCUUUCCCUCGCAGUACCACUGCUGUGAGGGCUCAUGCAACACGACAUCAUAUGGUCGGUUGUUCCAUUUGGCAUGCCCAAAUUCCGUUGCCUAUGAGUAUUAUAGAGAGGAUUAUUAUUGUGAGGGUAGUGAUUACACUGUCAGGUUUUGUCCCCAAGCAGACAUGUUUUCAACAAUAAAGCUUGGUGGCUCACUCAAGUUUGACGACCAGCUUGUUUCCAUUGAUGGAAGAUUCACGUUGGGGUUCUUCAACAAAAAUUACACUUGCUUGGGAAUUUGGUACACCAAUGACAUAGAAUCCAGAAAAGUAUGGGUUGCCAAUCCUAAUAAACCAAUCUCAGGCUACAAUGCGCUCUCCAUUGACCCCAACACCUGAAACUUAAUCAUCACUUCAGAAGGGGAGAUUUUGAUGAAUAUCACUGAUGUUCAAGCUGGUCAGAACCCGAACGUGUCUGCAAUCCCUGAAGACAAUGGUAAUUUCCGGCUGAUCAAUGAAAUCGACAAGAGGGUUUUGUGGCAGAGUUUUGACCACCCAACCAACGUACUUUUACCAGGUAUGAAGCUUGGAUAUGACCUAAAAACAGAACAGAACUGGACCCUCACUUCUUGGGUGAGUAAUGAAAUUCCAAAUUUGGGAGCUUUUACUUUGAGCUGGCAACCCACUGAUGAAACAUCUCGGAGAUUAAUAAUUCGACAAAGAGGCCAGCGCUACUGGACUAGUGGAAAUCUAAAAGAUCAAUCAUUCCGGAAUAUGAUCCCAUUCCAAGGUGAUAAACUCAUGUCUACACACAGCAACAAAGAACGAUACUUCAGCUACAACAGAGAUCGCUUUGACUAUGAGAAUGUUGAUGCUCCUUUACGCAUGUGGGUUCUAACACCGGAGGGGUGAAUAGAUGUUGGUGCUAAAGCGGAUGCAAAAAUCCAUGAAUUUUGUUAUGGGUUUGAUGGGUUUAUCACCGGCGGUUGCAUGGAGUCAACUUCUCCUCGGUACAGGAGAGAGGAUCAUACGUUUAGUUACCAAAAUGGUGAUUUUUCUCAUCCGGUGACAUACAAGGCUAUCGAUAGUAACACGAGCCUAAGCAUAAGUGAUUGUUUUGUCAAGUGCUGGAAUGAUUGCCUGUGUGUUGGCUUUAUUAAUGGUUGCACCAAUGGAACUGGCUGUACCUUUUGGAGAGGAAGAAAUGGCUUUACAAAUAACCCGCUUAAGAAUCCUACAUGGAUGUAUGUGAUACGUUCCCCAAAUUCACCAGGAAAGGUGCCCAAAAUUAUAGGAAUGAUAAUCAUGCUAGUCAUGGGCACAUCCAUUCCACUGGUAUUCCUCCGUUUGGGGCUUCUGUGGUUCCUCAGUAAAGACUUGGUGGUCAGUGACAUUAACAAGCUUUCGAUAUCAAAUGUUCAACCUAAAUCUCCGAAAUUUUUUGCACACAUUUCAAUGAUGUAUGCAUUCACAAUUUCGCAUUUUGGAUCUGCGACAUGCUAUACAAGGAGUAUGAUAUGGUGACAUCAAUGAGACUUAACUUUAUGGCUUCUAAACAUAGGCGAGCAGAGCAAUUUACAGAUACACAAUCCACAUAGCAGUUUGUUGAACAACCAGCAGGACAAAAGUGCCACAGAUUGAAACAUUUUGGGUACAAAGGAGAUGUGCAUCUCACUUUCUUCGGUAUGGCUCCAAGAAAUAGUCUAUCUAGUGGAGGUUUCUGCGCAUCAGCUUGAGAUUCAACGGCCGAAGUGAUGAGCAACAAAAACGGAAGCCACAAAAGCAAUGAACUGAUCAUGACAUAGUCGGAAUAAUGGGAUCAAAUUUGGCAGCAUAUCUUGUAAACUUAUAAUGUAUGAUUUGGUUGUGUAUUUGAGUUAUGGUUUGGUUAUGCUUUUAUAAUCAAACUACGAUCAGUUAAAGUGUGAAAACCUUAAGAGAAUGGUUCAUGUUUGGUGUGAAUAUCAAAAGUGACAUGAAAAAAAAAAGAACAUUUAUAGUUUA